AUGUCUCUGAACGUCGUGAAAAGGGAAGAGGAGGAGCUUUACGAUAUGCUCAACUUGUCUCCUCCCCAUUUCGACGCCUCCCUUAACAUGUCGUCCCCGACCUCGGUCCUCUCCAAAGACAUGUUUGACCAUGGAAAUGGGACAGCCACAAAUGGGAUGCUAGCGGAUUCUCCAGUGAUCAUGAACCAGGAGCAGCUUAUACAGAACCAACAUGACUCAUUUGCUAGAAAUGUCAACAUCAACUUAUCCCAAGAUAAUGGCGUCACCAGUCUGCUACAUCCUAACCCUUCUGGGCUCGACAUAUCUCCUUCCCUAAACGUCAAUACCACCCAAAAACUACAGGUGUCACUGGACUUUCUUUCGCCGCAUAAUUUUCCCAACUCGUCAUCCUACCUAAAUCCUCGAAGCCCAGACACCUAUUCUUCUCACUCUUUAUACUCUGACCAAUCGCUGAACCCAGGUUCUCCCUACCAAGACGCCAUGUCUCAUUUCAGUGAAGCCUACUCCGACGUUGGACAGCAACAUAUAUCCCAAAACGACUACUUAGACACUUCGGCAAAUGUCCGCCGUGACACCAACGGAGGUUCCUUCAAUAGAGACAUCUACCUCGGCGAGUCCGUCUCCUCCACAAACUUGAUGAGUAUGUCGACGCAAAGUUUUCACCAGCGAACAACGCAGCAAGAGCAGCAGUUCACAAAUGAGCAAAAUUAUAAAGACCUGUUAAGCAUGCCUAUACCCUCGAUCAAUGCAGCUCCUUACGAAAAUCUGUACGAUAGACUCACAGAAAACAACUUGAUGAACUACACGGAAAACAUCAACACGUCUCGUCCCUACCCACUACAAGAGCAGAAAGAAAUCACAAUAUCAAUUGAGCAAGCUCCAGACAUUGUUGCUGCAAAGACCCCUUCAUUGUUCAGUAACUCGUCCCACAACUCUUCAGCUCAGAAUUCUCCUGGCCAGCAAUACUCCGCAAGUAACAGCUUGAAGCCUCAGGGUCUGGCGGGGAACCUCUCAAGUACGUCACAGGCAAAUUCACAAAUGUCCCCUUCAAGCCCGUCUGAUCAAAACGAGAGCAGUUUACUCAAACCAGAAGAGUUUCAGAGUGUCAAGCGCGGGAGACAAAAGGUGCACUCGCUCAAGACGCACUCAAGACUGCGGUCGCCAAAUAAUUCUGGCUAUUCAAGUGAAGAAAUCGAUGACGACGAGUCCGCGAGUGUCGGUGAAAAUGCUGUGGCCUCUCGUGAGAAGAUGCUAGAGCUCGCUCUGACAACGCAGUCCACAAGGCGAACACAGAAGCAUCCCUCUUUGUAUGCCUGCCAUUUGUGUGACAAAAGAUUCACCAGACCGUACAAUUUGAAGUCACACUUGAGAACACAUACUGAUGAGCGUCCCUUCACAUGUAAUGUGUGUGGUAAGGCGUUUGCCAGACAGCACGAUAGAAAACGUCACGAGGACCUUCACUCUGGUGAGAAGAAAUUUCAGUGCAAGGGUUUGUUGAAAGAUGGAACACCAUAUGGAUGUGGUCGAAAGUUUGCAAGGGCAGAUGCUCUCAGAAGACAUUUUCAGACAGAAUCAGGCAAGGAGUGCAUCCGUGCGCUCGUAGAAGAGGAUGAGCGAGAGAGACAAGCAGGUAACGGCAACGAAUCUGGAAUACAACUACCCAGCGGAGAUUAUCUCAGCCCGUCCAGCAUCAACCAGUAUCAGAACGUUCCUCAAGUCGCCAUCUCGCCACCAGACUAG